UGCCCACGGUGAGGCACGUGCGCCAGAAAGUUGCCCCUCUCCGGCACACUUCCGGCAGGAAAUCGAGUCCGGGAGGGCGGGGGUGUCGGCCUUUGGGUCGCCAUGGCUACCGAGCCCGCAGCCGCUGCGGAGUCCGCUGUGCCGUCGCUCGUGGAUCGUUACUUUACUCGCUGGUACAAAGCGGAUGUCAAAGGAAAGCCCUGUGAGGACCACUGUAUAUUACAGCAUUCUAACCGAAUCUGUGUCAUCACACUCGCAGGAUCUCAUCCAGUUCUUCAAAGUGGAAAAACAAUCAAAAGCAUUUCCUAUCAAAUCAGUACCAACUGUAGCAGACUUCAGAACAAGGUUUCUGGGAAGUUUAAGCGGGGGGCACAGUUUCUGACAGAACUGGCACCCCUGUGUAAGAUUUACUGCUCAGAUGGAGAAGAAUAUACCAUAUCCAGUUGUGUUAGAGGUCGGCUGAUGGAAGUGAAUGAAAACAUCCUCCACGAGCCGUCUAUUCUUCAAGAGAAGCCAUCCACCGAAGGCUACAUUGCAGUUGUGCUGCCCAAAUUUGAAGAAAGUAAAAGCAUUACAGAAGGAUUGUUGACCCAAGAACAGUAUGAAGAAGUACUGGGGAACCGCAUUAAUGCCACCAUGGCCACAUCAUGAGGACUGACGGGACCCUCACUGCUGCCUGGCCCAGGGGAACCGAGCGCUGCAGAGCCAGCAGACAGACAGCGAAUUUCACUCCAACUGCAGGGCCGCCGUCCGCAGGGCUGCCUGCACUUGGCCUUUUCUUCCUUUACCUUGUGUAAUGGCUGCCCGUUGUCUUCAGCUUCCCAGAUCUGCCCUGCCCACGAAUUCAUUCUCUUAUUUUGCUGCUCUCUAACUGGCAAGCGAGGGCUGUAAUUCUGAUUCAAAACAAAGCACUUUGAAGAAAUUUAGGAAAAUGUCAAAUAGGAAAGUAAAAUAAUUUACUCAUCCUACAAUCUGGAAGUAAAUACGAUUUUGGCAUAUUUCUAUGUAAACACUGGGGCAUGGUUACUGUUCUUGCCUCAGUGUUCCAUUUGUUGGAAGUUUCUGUAAACUCUAGCUGGCCCAUCUUAGCCAGUCUGUUUCCGUGUGACACUCCCACAGUCAGUCCCACCCUUUCUGCCCCAGCUUGUCUCCUUAUGGGUUGUGGGGAAGAGGCUGAGAAAAUACCUUCUCUACUUCCAUGCCCCUGGGGUGGCCUUCUUUGAGAUAAAGCGUGUGGCUUCUCAGAGACACCGGAAAGACUAUGAAAAGCACAAAGGUUCGCCUGACAAUAGGAAUGUUAGAAUGCAGCAUUAAACUGGUUUUACACUCCAGCGACAGGGUAACGAGCAAAGAAGUUACUAAGAAGUUGCUAUAAAUUCAAAUACAUCGAUGCCUUCAAAUGGAACAAAAGCUUUCUCAUCAUUUAAAUAUAGCAGAAGACUAUGAAUUUAUAGUUUGACUAUAAACUUAAUUUACACUGAAUUUCAAAUAACAGACUUAAAAUUUAUUUUAGGAAUGUCAACACAUUAAAUAUGCUUCAAAAUAAUAUUUAAUGCAGUAGAAGUCACUUGCAUAAAUUCCUUUGGUUCUCUAUCCACUUUUGCUUUGAGGUCCUAAGUUUUUCUGUCCUUACCACCACUGGUACUUAAAUAAGGGAAUAUUCUCAUUUUGGGUAUAUGAAAAUGUACUGUAGAUAAAAUUUUUAAGUUACUUCUGAUUCACAAGAAACUUACUAACUUAAAUGCCAACAAGACUGUGGCCUAAAUAUACUCACCAGACAUGAUACAGGUAGUAAUUCUACAAGCAUCUAUACAGCACUACGUAACCAUGAAUGAUUCCCAGACAUGUCAUAAAACAAAAAUACUAAAGAUAGUAAAAGAAAAGCAGGUCUGUUUUACAUAUAGCAUUACCUCACAUCAUUUCCCCAAUAUUUCUGUUGUAAUUUAAAAGAAUAGUUUCAGGGAACAAAAACCAUGCUUGAUGAUUUUGACUGUUUAAAGAAGUGCAGAGGUCACUAAGGAGAUGCACAUCCCACUUGUGGCCUGAUGCUUUCAGUGUGUCUACUCUAGUUCAAUGAAACAUUGCCUAGGUAGGUGGUAGUAAUGUUCUUCAGGACCUGGUGACCACUUGACAAUUGACCCACAUAAUGAUCAUCAAGCAAGCUUGCAUAUCACUGCUGCCAUUUGGCAAAUGACAUAUCCCAUAGGUUUCAAAGUUCUGAAAUAUAAAUACUCGCAUCCAAAACAGAGUUUACUGUAUUAUAAGGACAGACCUGUAAGUCAGAUCCUAUCAAAAUCCACCACACAAAAACGUGUUCAAUCCUAAAAUUAAAAGUUACUGCUUUAUAAUGAACUUUCCAAAUGCAAUUAUUAAAAAAGUAUGAUUAUUAUGAUUUUAUUUUAGGGCCUCCCUGGGGGCCUAGGGGUUAAGUCUCAGCACUCACUACAAUGGACAGAGUUGGAGCCCCAGGCAGGGAGGCGAAGCACAUGACAGCAGACCUCGCCCAUCUUGCCCACUGCUCCCCUCAGCAGUGUAUUUCAGUAGAUCUGUCUGUUCUGUUC